GAGAUGGGGGUUCGCCCCCCCGCAGUGCGGGGCGGGGGGCACCUGGAGGCUGUAGCCGGUGCUGUGGGGCCGGUCCCGGGGUGGGCGAGGGGCGGCGCCGCCAGGGGGUCGGGCUGGAUCCCGGGUCCCUGAAUCAAAGCGGUGAAACCGGCCCCACCCGCUGCUUUCGGUUUCCAUCGGACUCGCUCCGUUUCGUGGCUCGGCUCGGAGCCGCCCAGCGCCGCGGGAGGGAGACCGCGGACCCCGAGCGGACCCCGCGGCCCGGGCAGGCCGCCCCCCCAGCGUGAUGGAGAUCCCCAUGCCGGCCCCCAUCUGCCUGAUGGAGAACAGCCCGGCGGGGGAGCUGCGGGUGCAGCAGGAGGCGCUGCAGGUGCUGGCGGACAUCUCCCAGCCCGUGGUGGUGGUGGCCAUUGCCGGGCUGUACCGCACCGGCAAGUCCUACCUCAUGAACCAACUGGCCAGCAAGAGAACGGGGUUCUCGCUGGGCUCCACCAUCCAGUCGCACACCAAGGGCAUCUGGAUGUGGUGCCUGCCCCACCCCCGCCGGGCCGGCCACACCCUGGUGCUGCUGGACACCGAGGGGCUGGGCGACGUGGAGAAGGGUGACGGGAAGAACGACACGUGGAUCUUCGCGCUGGCCGUGCUGCUCAGCAGCACCCUGGUCUGUAACAGCAUGGGCACCAUCAACCAGCAGGCCAUGGACCAGCUGCACUACGUGACGGAGCUGACGGAGCGCAUCAAGGUGAAGGCGGCAGGCGAGGGCGGCCGGCAGGAGGGGGAGGAUUCGGCCGAGUUUGUGCGGUUCUUCCCGGCCUUCGUGUGGGCCGUGCGGGAUUUCACGCUGCAGCUGGAGCUGGACGGGCGGGAGAUCACCGAGGACGAGUACCUGGAGAACGCCCUGAAACUAAAGCCAGGCAGCAGCCAGCGAGCCCAGCUCUACAACCUGCCCCGCGAGUGCAUCCGCCAGUUCUUCCCGGCCCGGAAAUGCUUCGUCUUCGUCCAGCCGGCCAGCAGGAGGGACCUGCCCCGGCUGGAGGAGCUGCGGGAGGCCGAGCUGGAGCCCGAGUUCCGGGAGCAGGUGGCCCGGUUCUGCCACCACGUCUGGGAGACGUCGAAGCCCAAGACCGUCCCAGGCGGCCACGUGGUGACUGGGGCCAUGCUGGGGAACCUGGCGGUGACCUACGUGGACGCCAUCCGCAGCGGGGCGGUGCCCUGCAUGGAGAGCGCGGUGCUGGCCCUGGCGCAGAUCGAGAACUCGGCGGCGGUGGGGGAGGCCGUGGCUGCCUACGAGGAGCAGCUGGGGCGGCGGGCGGCGCUGCCCACGGAGAGCGUGCAGGAGCUGCUGGAGCUGCACGCCCAGUGCGAGCGGGAGGCGCUGCGGGCGUUCAUGGCGCGCGCCUUCAAGGACGACGAGCGCCGCUUCCAAGGGGAGCUCAUGCACCGCCUGGAGGAGCAGAAGCAGGAGCUCUUCCGCCGGAACGAUCAGGCGUCCUCGGACCGCUGCUGGGCCGCCCUGCUGGAGCUGUCGGACGAGCUGGAGGACCGGAUCUGCCAGGGGGUCUAUUCGGUGCCCGGGGGCUACCAGCGCUUCCUGGACGACCGGCAGCGCAUGGUGGAGAGAUACCGGCAGGUGCCGGGGAAGGGAGUAAAGGCCGAGGAGGUGCUGCAGGAGUUCCUCCAGGCCAAGGAGGCCGUGGCCCAGUCCAUCCUGCAGACGGACGAGGCCCUGACGGAGAAGGAGAAGGAGAUGGCAGCCCAGCGAGCCCGGGCCGAGGCGGCCGAGCGGGAGCAGCAGGUCCUGAAGCAGAAGGAGGCUGAGCUGCAGCAGAAGCUGGAGGACCAGGAACGCAGCUACCAGGAGAACCUGCGGCAGCUGGAGACGAAGCUGGAGGACGAGAGGAAGAAGCUGCUGGAGGAGCAGGGCAAGAUGCUGGAUCAGAAACUGAAGGAGCAGGAGGCCCUGCUGAGGGAGGGGUUCCGGGAGGAGGCCAGACGCCUGGAGAGCCAGAUCCGGCACCUGCAGCAGCAGAACGAGGAGAUCCGGAAGCCGUCGUGGAUCCAAACGGCGUUGGGGGUGCUGACUGACGUGGCCACCCUCAUGCUCCCCGGCUUCGUCGGCAAGGCCGCUGGGGUCGUCACCAACUUCUUCCGGCGCCUGUUCUGAUGGGGUCCCCGGCCGCCCACUCGCCUCUGCACCCCAGCGCCCGUUCACCUGUGGAACCCCCUGCCACAGGACGCUCUGCCGGCGAGCAGCUUAGGAAUGUCCAGCAAAGACUCCCAACCUCCUUGCUUCCUGGCCAGGGCUGGCCCCCCACUGGAUUCAAACAUGGCCUCAUUCCAGACCCACCAGCCUGCUGGGGCUCAGCUCUGCCCCCUAAGCAGAGGGCAGCAGGAUUCUUUGCAGUGAGGCCUUCCUGUGGGUGCACUCGGAACUGCUGUGCUGUGUGUCAUGGCCCCUGUACUGCCAACAGCUGCCUCCAUGUCUGGAAACCCGGCAUGGCAAACACAGGGUUAAACAUCCCCUGUAUCAGGAUAGAGACACAGGCCGCAAGGGCUCUGACCUGCUCCCCCUGCACCUGCGGGAUCAUCCCCACCAGCUGGGCGGCUGCAGGCUCAGCCGGGGUCACCAGCUCGGAGAGAUUUGCAGUGAUGCCGACUCUCAUGAGUCUGUCGUGAGUCUCAUGAUAAUUAUCCUUUCCCUUAAAGCCCCAGCUCCUGGAGUCAGGUGGCUCUGGGAUGGUUUCAGCCUUAAAGAAAAAGGACAUUUCUAGCCCUCAUGUCUGUGGAGAAAGCUUCAAAAUGCUGGUUACAGAUCCCAGCCUCUGCUGCUCUGACCUGCUAGACCCCACUCCCCUCCCAGACCUGGGGAAAGAACUCAGGAGU